AAUAGCAGACGAUACACUGUGUGUACUAAAAAAAAAUAUUCAAGAAAUUAAAAACAUUUAUUCUUCAAAAUAAUAGUCAUCUAUACUAUCAAUUCAAGAAUAAAAGAAAAUUUUAAAGUUCAUUUUUUUAAUUUAAAAAAAGUAAUAUAAUGAAGUGUUUAAAAUAGUUUUUUUCAACAUAAAAAUGAUGUUUUUUAUUGAAAAAGCCGUUUGUCGUAAUUUUUCACGUGUUUUACGUCAUUUCUCAACAAAACUCGAAACAAAUGUCAAUAAUUUAACGUGCAAUCAAUUUGAAGUUGUAAAUAAUAAUAAUAUUAGUAAUGAACUAAAAAAAUCAUUGAAAGUCGCAAUAAUUGGUUUACCAAAUGCUGGUAAAAGUACAUUAAUUAAUCAACUGGUGAAUCGAACGAUAUGCCCAACAUCGGAAAAAGUUCACACGACACGAGAAAAGGCAGAGGCAAUUUUGGUCUCUGAUAAUAUACAAUUAAUAAUUAUCGACACACCUGGCUUAGUAUCGAAUCGUGAUUUAAAAGCUUACGAAAUGGGAUCAACAUUUAGAGACGACGUGAAUAAAUCAUUACGUAAAGCUGAUAUUGUUGGCGUUGUUCAGGACAUGGAAAAUCCCCGUGCACAUGAAAAUAUUAGUAAACGAUUAUUACCAUUACUUGAUGCCUAUGGCAAAGAUCGAGCAACUAUUCUUAUUUUAAAUAAAAUCGAUCGUAUUAAGAGGAAAGCAACACUUUUGGAAAUAAUCAAAAAUUUGACAAACAAAAAAAAUUGGCCAUACUUUCAGGAUAUUUUCAUGAUUUCUGCACUUCAUAACGAUGGCGUCACUGAUAUUAGAAAUUACUUUUUGGACAUUGCAAAGGAAAAGAAGUGGGAAUAUAAUACGGAAAUGUAUACAGAUCAAAAGCCGGAAAUAAUUGUCGAACGUACAGUGAGGGCAAAAUUAAUGGACAAUUUACCACAAGAAAUGCCAUACAGAUUAACAAUUGAAUUGGAACAUUUUGUUGUUUCAAAAGAAGGGAAUAUUGCGUCAACAGUAAAAAUAAUUUGUCCAAAUGAAAGAAUAUCGAAAAUCGUCGUUGGACCCGGUGGUAGACGUGUGAAAUCAAUAUCAACUGAAUGCGAGAAAGAUCUUUCAAAUGCAUUUCGAACAAUUUUUACACUUAAACUUUCAAUUCUAUUUAAAGGAAAGAAAUAAAACAACAUAAAAUUUAUUCUCCUUUUUAUUGAAUUUUAAGAUUUUUCUU